AUGAGGAAAUCCUUAAUUCAAAUCUCGGAAAAUAUAACUAAGUUGAAAAGAAAAUUGAAAAAAGACACAUCGGCGUUGUCUUUGGAAUUGUAUAGGAGAAUUAGGGAGGUCGCAGUUUCGGAACUUCCUUGGAAUGACCCUCUGGAAAAUCAAAUUAUUAGUGAUGAUUCAGAUAUUAUACGUCUCUUGCCAGAUGAAUUGCAAAAUAUAUUUAUGGUUGGAGAUGUAAUGAAUUUUACCGAUGAUAUUGGAUUCAGAUUACCACAAAAUCUUUUACAUGAUGGGAUGUGGAAGGAAACCAAUGAAGAGCUUGCUAAUGUUGCUGAAAGGAUUCUAGAUGCAUUGCACGAUGCUUGGAAAAACCCUGCAUUUGAAUCCAAUUUUGUAGAAAAAUUAAAUGAAGGUGCUUAUGUUACUAAUAUAAUCUUGCCUGCAGUUCGUGCCUCGUUAAAAAGUCUUUAUUUAUGGACAUCUUCAUUUCUUAGCAAUUUUGAACGACAGAGUAGUACCAGUGCAGUUAGGAGAGGGAGUGAUCGAUCAGGAAAGUGA